GACUUCGUUAUAGCUAUUGAGAUGUGGAUUGUGGCCUCUGCUCCGAGUCCCUAUUCUGUGGCCGUUUGGCCCAUGGCUCCUAUACCAAGCAGGCCAUAUAUGCAUGUUGUUGGCCGGAUGUCUGUUGCCUGUUGCCUGUUGCCUGUUGCGCGCCAUUGCACCGCGCGUUACCCUACACUCGGACUGACUUGUGGUAAUUUAAGACCUGCUGUUACCCACUCUCGGGGUAGCCUCCGGGCAGCUCGUGUUUCCCGGCCGGUGAUGGCAAGGCCCCACGCGGAUGUCUGCCUGCAACUUUGGUGAGACUGCCGAUGGCUUGGACAGGCUAUGUAAACGACAGGCAAGUUCUCCGUGUCUUUUGUUCUGACGUCAAGGGAUGGCUGAGAUCGUGAUUGAUGGUACCCCGGGCGGGGUGUUUGGCUACCAGCAGAAACUGGCGUGCCGUCGUCUCAAGGUGUCUCCCGUUGCUUUCCUUACCCGUCCGCCAUGCAAUGCAUCUGAACCCGUUGGUGCAAGGGUUGCAGGGUGCAGCGAGUACGUGGCCGCUGUGGACAGGCGCGGUGCUCCCAAGCACCAGGAUUGUGAUCUCCGCGACAAGGAAGCGUUGUCGACGCUCGCCCCUCGAUUCCCAAAUAGCUGGAACCAGGAGAGUUUUGUGGCUCGCGUCAUCGCACCCUCUCCCGAAACUCCACUGUCCGAGCCGGCAGCAACCCGGUCACGCCGAUUCUCUCCCUCUGGUGUUAGUCCCGAAGCUGCAAAGCGGCCCGUCGAGGGUUCGUUGUGGAAAUGGGGGCCAGCGUCAGUUUCUUCUUCCAACCCUCAUCAAAUCCUUUUAAGAAGCUUGCUUGGCUGA